GAAGAGUAUAUUGGAGACGCAGAGUAUACUCAAGACGAAGGGUGUACCCAAGAUGGAAAAGACAUUCAAGACGGGAAAAACACUCAAGUCAAGGAGUAUGCUGAACACGACGAGUAUACUGGAGUCGAACGACAUACUGGAGACGAGGAACAAAAUGAAAAAAACCGUCAUGAUCCAAGGGAUGGUGAAGACGAUGAUGAUAAAGAAGAAGAAGAGAAUUUCUUCCAGGGCACAUACGGACAGUACACGGUCUGGAAUAACGAUGACAAAAAUGUCGAACGUGGCCUGCGUGCGCCUCAGGCUGUCCCCAUGGUCACGAAGCGCAAAGUCUUGACUUGUACUCGCGCCGAAGCAUUGGAAAUGUACCAUUCCAUCGAGGAGUUAUUCGAGGAAAGGUACGGGACUGCAGACGUCCCGAGGGAAAUCAGGGACAACUUCACAAAACUGGUCAGAGUUCUCCCGCCGCACAAAAAGAAGCUGCUCAAAUGGAAUGUUGAUUUCCACGGAAUCAUGGACGUCGUUAAGUGGUUUAAGGAUGUAGAUCUAAAAGAGGAUCUACAGGAAUUCAGCUGGGAGGAAACGUAUCAGCUUCCCAGUCUGACUCCCGAGCAAAUUCACGAUACUUGGGAAGACUUGGAUCACCUCGCAUUCCAUAGCCCGAUGUACAUGGCCAGUCGUAUGGAGCUCAGGACUAGUGUGUUGAGGAUGCUUUUCAAUGAGCAGACGAGGCGGAUUAAGGAGCUGGAGAAAGAGCUG